AUGGACGAACGCACAGUUUGCUUCUGCCUUUGGGACACUUCAGAACAAAAGUUGCUAUAUCACUGUCUGGAUUGCGAGAAACGAGAAGGUCCUCGCAGAACACCAUGGGACAUUAUUUGGCCACUCUCCCCUAUAUCCAGCCCUAACAUUGAUACACCUGUGGGUCCGUCUUUGAACCACACAUCGGGCGAUACUCACAGUGGAGUCAUCAAAUUGGCAUCUGCCCAGAACAACAGUGUCGCAAGCAAAGUCGGCCACGGUGCUAGAUCUUUGGUUUCUUCGGACAAACCCAUUAUUCACGCCACGCCUGCACAACUAGAUAUCAAUACGGCGUCAGACAUCUCAAGUGCACAGAACCGUGGGGAACGAUCUCUGCUUUACGCAAGUAACAGGUUUUGGGAACGAAUCGGCCGGAGUGCUAGCCAUGGGCGAAAUUGCGUCCUGGUAAGCGCUGGCCUGAUCCCUAUUAUCGGCGCUUUUUUCUACGAAUGCAAAAUCACAGCCAUCCCCAAGAACGGCACCUACGAAGACGGCAGGACUCGAAUCGGCAGAAACUGGGCAGAUAGGACCUUGAUGUUGACAUUUCAGCGGGAGAUGGAGGCCGGUCUUGAGUACCAAGUCAGGGUCAGCGAUUUCGGCGGAAUAAAUCAGUCUGCUUCGCUCAUGACGGCAAGCCACUUCAAGCAUUUCCCACGCGACAAGUUACCCUCUUUGGCCGCGGCUGUCAAGCAUUUGUUGUUGUAUCUCGGCUCAAGAAGGGAUAAGCACUCUUCAUACCGUUUCUACCAUGACUCACAAACUGAGGGCCAGGGCCGCGAGGCCCACCAUGUCCAAAUUUUGUUUGGGAUGGUCAGAUUUCCCACGUCGCCUGAUCCACGCGCUGCCACGACGGCAAGGAUGGUCAAUGUGGUUAUCGGCGAACCAGUCACAAUGCCCACUAUGCACAAUGGCAUUGCCAGCUGGCAUGAGUUCUGUGACGGUCGAUUCAGGAACCAUUGGGAGGAGAUCACGCUUUCGCGGUUUCGAUAUGAGAAAUACAGAAAAGGAGAACAUCAUCGUUUCAUAAGGGCAGGUCCGCCACUUUUUCUUCGGCCGCCUGCUCUCUCUCCUGCGCCUGAUCAGCGCCCCCGGCCGGCAGCGGCUCGUAGAAAGAGAGGGAGGCUUAUGAAGACGCUGACUCCUUCCAUAGCCCGUGCUGUCGCUCCGGCUCAUGGCCCAGGCACCUGCUGUGAUGGGCUCUCACGCAGAGAGUUUUCACAAGGGGGCACUUCUCGCGGGUCCAUUUCACCAGGCGGCUUUUCAGACGGCAUUUUAUCAAAUGGCAGUAGUGUUGCUACUCACGGAAACAGUGUUGCUAUUCUGGGAACCAGUGUUGCCGCUACUAACGGAAGCAAGGAUAGCCAGACAGAAGAGAAGAGACCACCUGAGGAACAGCACACAAAUGUGCCCCCUGCUCCUCCCAUACCAGUGGGCCGUUUGUCGGAGCACGCGAACCAAACUACUUUGGGGGUGAUCACUUUUCCAAUUCGAAGCGCACCACGCGCCAAAGACGGAGGUCCCAGCUUGUCGGCAGGGAAAGACCAACCAGGCCAUGAGAUCACGAUCGUUUGA